GCAGCGUGGCUCUCUGAGCGCGGUCCACCAACCCCUUACCUCUCACAAGCGCGCUGGAUCGACAGGCGCGUUUGGCCAUUGUUCGUAACGUCAACCAACACCACCAACGCCCUUGCUCGAACUCCAGAAACAAAAAGCCAGGGCAGAGCGAGCGACACAGCACCCAUGACAACGGCGUGGUGUUGGCACGCCAGUGUGUGUUACACGAGUUCUUCACAUGACAACUGAACGGGCGGCCGCAUAUAGACACAUCGCCACAUCAGCCAUCCACUCCUGUCUCGCGAUAUAUCUCACUCCACCAGCUCUUAACCGCGGGUCGGGAGUCAAACCCGGGAGGAAGAGACACCUUCCAGACGACUCCUGUGGCAAGCUCGAGUUAUGUCGAAGCGGAGCUGGGUCGGGACGAUGCUCGGCUCCGCGGCGUCCCCACGUGCGCGCCGUCUCGCCAACACGUGCGCGUCCGCCUACUUCGUGACCUCGUCCUCGGCGCUGGCGCUGCUCACGCUCCUGCUCACGGUGCCGCACAACUCGAGCGGGCCCCUCCGAGUGGCUCUCACCGCCGCCGGCCUCUACAUGUGGCUCAACGUGGUCGCCAAUUACGCGCUCUGCGCAUUGAGGGGGGCGCCCGCAGCACCUCCAGCAUCAGAGAGAGGUCACCACCACCAGCAGCACGACCAGCACGACCGCCGCGACCACCUCCUUGAGAUCACCGGGGACCACGACGGAGGGGACGAGGCCCGCCCGAUGUGCGUGCCGUGCGGCCGCCCCGUGCCCCCGCGGGCCCACCACUGCUCCGUGUGCAACGCGUGCAUCCUCAAGCGCGACCACCACUGCUUCUUCGUGGGCCGCUGCGUGGGCCACAGCAACCAGCGCAAUUUCAUCGUCCUGCUCUUCUGGACCGCGUGGGGCAACGCGUUCAUCCUGGCCAACCUCCUGGCCUACAUGAGCGACGUGCUGCCGGGUCCGCUGCUGUCCCGGCAGGGCCUGCGCUACCUGCUGCCCCUGGCCACGGUGCAGGCGGCCACGGGUGACAUGGACCUGGCGGCCUACGCACUCACGCUGGCCGCGCACCUCUCGCUGGGAAAGUGCCUGGGCUGCGCGGCAAUGUACGCGUGGCACUUCACGAUCGCGGGAGAGGGGCAGACGUCGUACGAGGCGAUUCACGAGAUGCGCGACUACGACUGCGGGCUGUUUGUCAACCUCCGCCAAGUGUUCGGCAACUACUGGGCGCUCAACUACCUGCUGCCGAUGCCCACGGCGAUACCGGGCGACGGGCGCAGCUGGGAGAGGCUCUCGAAGUACGACAAGGGGCUGUAGAAGAGACGGGGGCGGGGGCGGUUAUAACCUUCAUCAAAACAUGCGUACAUGCGAUGUUCGCGCCGUUCUUAAGAGUGCAAGGCUAUCGCGAAGGGUAUCACGAAGGGUGUGCUACGUUUCACAGGCACACUCUGUAGGAGUUUCGCAGUCGGGGGUGGAGCGGGCGAUGUUGCUAUGUUAUCAAAUUUCGUGCGGGUAAUUUUUCAAAUUUUCCAACUGUGAACUGUGACCACGCAAGCACGGAUGGCCCACUAUAUUUUUUUUAUAACUUCACGGAAUCUUUAACGUCCACUGCAAAGCGGGAAAGCAUAGCAUUUAUGGUCAAUACACCCGCAGUAUUCACCAGGGCGGCCACGCCGCUCGUACCGCAAACCUCUCCGUAACAAGCGGGAGACGCGCAAUCGAUCGGCCCUGCCACCGUCCCGCAAGUCCGUGCGCGAUUACGUGGCGACUUUAAUUUUAUUGGACACCGGUAAAGGUGGCCCACACACCGGUAAUGAUGGCCCACCGCCCAGGUGACUGCGGCGAAACGCAACGAUUGGAGUUCGGGAACGCUUGUGGCCCGAGGCAUAAUGCUAUUUAGUUGUUCCGUUAAUUUAUGAUAGAAAUUUAAAACUAUGGGUUGUAAUUCGUCUACAAGACAAGAACUGUCUUGUAGAUACGUACCAAAGCAGUCGGCACCAUGAUUUAGGACGCGAUUUGUGAUAUUUCAUUCAUGAGAAGAAAAAAUACAUUUUUAAGUUAUGGACAAGUGUCAUUGUGGCAUCCGAGUGACGUCACUGCAGCGACAGAUUUGAUUGUAUGCAUGGGGAGUAACAUUGCAGUCAUGAAUAUCGCAGCACCCACCUUGAACGUAUCUUCCCCCCCAUCCCCACCUAUCUCAUGAACGAAGCUUCAAACCCUCGCCACACAUUCUGGGACCCGCAGCCGAGGUAAAAAAAAUCCACAAAAUAAGAGCCGCGUGCAUUGCACGGUAUCUUUAUUUCACGUAUAAGGAAGGUGGGCGUGUGCUGUUGUCUUUUUGUUUGCAUGUUCACCACAAGUACUGUGUAGUUAAUGCAACAUUUUCUAUUUGGUGUUUGAACAUCUUAUCACAACUGUUUUAUUGCCCUAAAUGGUAAAACCUAUGCUUAUAUUUUGAUCGUGGCAAGAGAGGUCCCAUGAUGUAGCUGCUCAACCCCGAGCUAUGAAUGCCCUGAUAGUGGCAUUGUCUUUGUGCUGUUCGCCUUUGGGCGUUCUGUGGUCUAACACUGUUCGAGACUAGGCCCGAAAACAAGGAUGUCUCUGGUGUGGACCAAUCAUUUUCAAAGACGAUGCAUCAUAUACUACCAGAGCAUGUUUUUGUUUGCAUGUU